AUGCAGGUGGUGGAAGAUGACGGGCCGGGGAUGGUAGAAGAGGCAAUGGAGGAAAGAGCUCAGACUCAUUCCCACAAGGCAGCAGGAGCAGAGAGCAGCCAUUGCUGUGUCUGGCAGCAGGUAGAAUGUCUGUCUGAUAUUAAAAUAGAAGGUACAGAGGUAGAAGAAGAGACGUAUGUGACUGAUAUAAAGGCAGAAGAUAUAGAGGAAGAAGAGACGUAUGUGACUGAUAUAAAGGCAGAAGAUAUAGAGGGAGAAGAAGAGAUGUAUGUUACUGAUAUAAAGGCUGAAGAUAUAGAGGGAGAAGAAGAGACGUAUGUGAAUGAUAUAAAGGCAGAAGAUAUAGAGGGAGAAGAAGAGACGGAUGUGACUGAUAUAAAGGCAGAAGAUACAGAGGGAGAAGAAGAGACGUAUGUGACUGAUAUAAAGGCAAUAGAUACAGAGGGAGAAGAAGAGACGUAUGUGACUGAUAUGAAGACAGAAGAUAUAGAGGGAGAAGAAGAGACGUAUGUGACUGAUAUAAAGGCAGAAGAUAUAGAGGGAGAAGAAGAGACGUAUGUGAGGGUUGAUCAGCAGUGUAAGGAGGAGGAGAUCCCUACAGAUAUCAGCACAGAUGGACACACAAGCAGGAAUAUCUCAGAAGGACAUCUAAUGGUAUCCCAGGAUUCUGAAAUAACAGAUAAUGACAGUAGACAGGAUUCUCCAGGAGAUAACCCCAUUACCCCAAUUAUACAUCCAGCUCUAUCAGCUGAUCCCCCUGAUCCUGGGGAAUGUUCUCCUGAUCACUCUGAUAUUGGUGCAUCUGUUACAGCUCUGACAGUAGAUACAGAGUUUCCCUGUUCUGUAGAUGCCAAAUGUUUUACACAGAACACAAAGCUUAUUACCCAUCAUCCAGCUAAGGCAGGUGAGAGGCCACUGAUAUGUUCUGAAUGUGGGAAAUGUUUCGCAUUUAAAUCAGUUCUUGUUACACAUCAGAGAAGUCACACAGGUGAGAAGCCGUUUUCCUGUUCUGAGUGUGGGAAAUGUUUUACACAGAAAUCAGCUCUUGUUACACAUCAGAGUAGUCACACAGGUGAGAAGCCGUAUUCCUGUUCUGAGUGUGGGAAAUGUUUUGCAUUCAAAUCACAUUUUGUUAUUCAUCAGCAUACUCACACAGGUGAGAAGCCAUUUCCAUGUUCUGAGUGUGGGAAAUGUUUUGCACGGAAAUCAGAUCUUGUUAAACAUCAGAGAAGUCACACAGGUGAGAAGCCGUAUUCCUGUUCUGAGUGUGGGAAAUGUUUUACACAGAAAUCAGCUCUUGUUACACAUCAGAGUAGUCACACAGGUGAGAAGCCAUUUCCAUGUUCUGAGUGUAGGAAAUGUUUUCCACGGAAAUCAGCUCUUGUUGCACAUCAGAGAAGUCACUCAGGUGAGAAGCCGUUUUCCUGUUCUGAGUGUGGGAAAUGUUUCGCAUGUAAAUCAGUUCUUGUUAGACAUCAGAGACGUCACACAGGUGAGAAGCCGUUUUCCUGUUCUGAGUGUGGGAAAUGUUUUACACAGAAAUCAGCUCUUGUUACACAUCAGAGUAGUCACACAGGUGAGAAGCCAUUUUCUACACAUGCUUCAGAUGAGGAUUCGUUGGAGAAUGAAGACUCAUUACACUCCAUUUCUGCAUAUGAAGCUGAGGAGGAAGGUCUCAGCUCAGUGGACAUACCUGAGUUAAUUAAGGCAAUGAAAGCCAUUCUAUCCUUACAAGAAUCAACAGAGUCUGUGUUAAAAUCCAAGUCACCUGUGUUUAAAUGUUCCAAAACAGUCAGUACUGAGGUUCCUAGGUCAGAACAGCUGAAGGAAAUUAUGGAAGAGGCUUGGGCUUCUCCCAGUAAGAAAUUUAGAAUUCCAAGGAAAUGGAAUUUCAAUUAUCCUCUUCCCCUACAACCACUUUCUGCAACAUCACAAUUAGAUCCCUUCAGGCCUUUGGAUUCUGUCUCUUGA